AUAAAGCUGGGGCAAGGGUUAUCUUGCGGUAGAUAUUAAAUGAAUACUGAAUAAAUUGGCGCUUUAUUCCCGUGCAAUGUCAGUGCGCAUACGUAUUUACAGCAAGGAGGUUUAAUUUGUCAACAUAUUUAAUUAUUCACAAUCGCGUCUAUGUUCUUCAAAAUGAGGCUGCUCAUUAUGAUAUGCGCCAUAUGGGCCUUAGCCUAUGGUAAACCAGAAAUGUACAAAGAAAAAGAAGAUUUUCAAUUUUCUAGAAGUUCAUCGGACGACGGAAGCAAAUCAGGCUACUAUGGCGCUCAAAGAGGUAAUAUGGGAGGAAAUUAUGAAAAAGCUCAUAAUAUGGACUCAUUGGCGCAGCAUCAAAUGAGCACACUUGUGAGACAAGUUGAUGGCGAACUGGGGGAAGGUGCUAAUACAAGGACUGGUAGCGUAUUCACAUCUGGAAAUUCUAGAGGUUUGUAUGGAUCUGGAAAUUACGAUCUCACUAAUCUUCACGGUAGAAACUUUGAAGAAGGUGUUUCAUAUGGCGAUUCGCGAUCUCAGUCAUCGCUUUCAUCUCAAAAUUCUGCAUAUACCGGAAGCUCAUACUCGGCGGCUAACAAUGCGAGAUACAAUGCUAACCAAUUAAGAGCUUCGGGCCUCAGUUCCACUUACCGUCAAGCAGGGUUAGCAUCACAGUACGGACAAUUUGACAAUCAACAAGCAGAAAGUCAGUACAGUGGAGCUAGUAAUUUUGAACGCGGAAGUCAGGCUGCAAGCAACUACAAAUAUUAUUCUCAUGGUGGAAGUCAAGCACGAAGUGAAUACGAUCAAAGUAGCACCAAUUUGAACAGUUUCAGCAACAGUGACGAUAUCUCUAAAAGCAGACUCAUAACAACGCCUGUGAGGGUUUACGUGAGGCCAGGAACUAGGAUAGCAAUACCAGUUGCGGCUCAAACUUACGACGCUUCGCAAACUUCACUAGUGCAUGAUCUAAAUGCAGUCAACACAGAGGCUGAUGUUUUAAGUAAUAGUGGACAGCGAGUUAGUGUUAUAAAACCAAAACAUUACGAAUCAUCUUACAGUUAUCGCAAGGAAUGGGAAAAACAUGAUACUCAACCAGUUACAGUGAUGCCUACAGAAAAUCCAUUCCCUCAAAAUAGUGAACUUUAUGAGGAUACGCAACUAACCCAAGCUGCUGGGCAACGGUAUCAAAGUGCUUUAGAUUCCUCUAAUGUUCAAUCAAGUGGCAGUAAUAGUGCUUACGCAAGAAACGUCAAUAGUGGUUAUACUAGUGGGUAUAGUGCCAAUACUAAAUCGGCAGCCGCUAAUCGAUUACAGUAUCAAGCUCUACAUCAGACUUCAGGAUCUAGUGCGAAUUCUAAUUUAUAUGCACUUGACACGACUAACUCUGACGUAGCAGCAAAUUUGAAUAAUCUAGUAGAAACUACGAAUUCUCGACCUAAAAGUUACCAUUCUUCAUAUUCAUAUCAUAAAUCAUGGGAAAGGCGUGGUGACCCCUAUGUCAUUAAACCAGUUGGAGGUGAUUUAAAUGGACAAGCAUCACAAAGACUUGUAACAGCGACCGCAGAUCAAAAUUUGUACUCUUCGAGCCUCUACGGAAAUCAGUAUGGUCAAGCUAAAACAAGUUGUGAUGAAUUGUGUCAUUUACGAAAGCGACGAUCCUAUAACAUAGACUGGGAAAAUGUUGAUACCACAGGUCAGCAGAUACAGAAUAAAUGGGAUGGCUUCGAAAAUAUGGGCCAACAAAUUCAAUCACAAUGGGGUAAUUUAGAAGACUUAGGUCAACCAACACAAAACAAAUGGGAUAAUUUCGAAAGUUUAAGCCAACAUCCUCAGAGUGGCAUUGAAGAAGAUUUAGGUCAAAAAACACAAAAUAACUGGGAUAACUUAGAAAGUUUGAAUCAACAUACUCAGAGCGGCUUAGAAGAAUCAAGUCAACAGCCUCAAAAUGAACUCGGAAACUUAGAAGAUUUAAAUCAACAAACACAAAAUAAAUGGGAUAACUUAGAAAGUUUGAAUCAACAUACUCAGAGCGGCUUAGAAGAAUUAAGUCAACAGCCUCAAAAUCAACUCGGAAACUUAGAAGAUUUAGAUCAACAAACACAAAAUAAAUGGGAUAACUUAGAAAGUUUGAAUCAACAUACUCAGAGCGGCUUAGAAGAACUAAGUCAACAGCCUCAAAAUCAACUCGGAAACUUAGAAGAUUUAAAUCAACAAACACAAAAUAAAUGGGAUAACUUAGAAAGUUUGAAUCAACAUACUCAGAGUGGCUUAGAAGAAUUAAGUCAACAGCCUCAAAAUCAACUCGGAAACUUAGAAGAUUUAGAUCAACAAACACAAAAUAAAUGGGAUAACUUAGAAAGUUUGAAUCAACAUACUCAGAGCGGCUUAGAAGAAUUAAGUCAACAAACUCAAAGUCAAUUAAAUCAUUUAAAAGAUUUAGGCCAACAGACACUAAACACAUGGGAUAAUUUGGAAAAAUUAAAUCAACAGUCUCAGAAUGGUUUAGAAGGUCAACAAUCUCAAAGUCAAUGGCACAAUUUAGGGAGUUUGGGUCAAGAAAAACAAAAUCAAUGGAAUCAUUUUGAAAAUUCUGGUCAGCAGACACAGAAUCUGUGGGAUAAAUUUGAACAGUUAACUCCACAAAAACAAGAUAAAUCAAAUGAUCAACAAACUUUUAACACAUGGAACAGGAUCGAAGACCAACAAUCAACAGGAAAUUUUGAAGAAAAUACACGAAAUUUUGAACAAUGGUCACAUCAAUAUAUGAAUAGUGGAGAUUUAGAUCAAACAAUGUUUUAUCAUUCUAUGCAACCCAUCUGGAAUAAAAUUAACAGUUUAGAGGCUCAAAAAAAUAUUGAAAGUUCUAUGGUAAACCAUCAGCAAGUCAAUUUUAAUCAAGAAAGUAAUUGGAAAGAAUCCAGAGAUAAUUUUAAUCAAGUUGUUACAAGACCGCAGGACCAUCCAAUGAGUAACACUGAAUUAAGUCUAUGGGAUACAAUUGACAAAUUAAUUAAAGAAUCUGAUAAAAAUAAGGAUAACAUUAACAAUAAUCAGUAUUCGGAUACUAAUACAUCAAAUUUUAUGUGGGUAGAUACUCAAAGUACAAAUAAUAAUUACCAUAGCACAAAUUAUGAGCACGAUUUUAAACAAUCAAUUGAAAAAACAACAGAAGAGUCUGUCCAACCAACAGAAUCUAAUAAAAACACAGAAAUUGAUUCAAAAGAUACAAUAACAUUGUCAAAUAAAACUGAAAUAAAUAGAAAUGGUGUCAGCCCCCUAAAAACUCAUCAAAUUAGACCAAUUGUUGAUGUUGGGCGUGGUGAUAUUGGCCCUGAUGAUAUACCAGUAGUAUCAAUAGAAACAAGUGGCCGGAGUAAUGAUGAUAAGGUUGAAGAUUCUAUAAGCGCAAUAAAUUCAAAUAAAUUGUACAAAACACAACAAGAGAUUGAAUCUUUAAGCUUAAAACAGAGUAAUGAAAACCAAUUUGGUGACAAAUUAAAUCAAGAACCUAUAAUUUUAAGUGUGAUAGGCUUAGAUCAAUUUGAAGUAACAAGCACUUCUACUGCAAAACCAAUAGUCAACUACUACAAUAGCUAUAAAGAUAAUAAUCAAUUAAUCCGCAAAGAAUACAACAUGCCAAGUUCAUCAAUCACCCACGUAGAACCUAAAUACGAUGAUGUACAAAUUUCUGAAGGGCAAAUACCUGAAGAUAUUGAGCAACAACAUUUUGCACAAACUUUUAUUGACAUGCAACAGCAACAGCAAAUGAGUAAUUUGGACAAUGUAUUAAUGGAUUUCGGUCAACAGCAUCAAGUACAAGUGCCUUUCAGUGAAAAUAUGCAACAAGAAUUAUAUACACCACAAGAAAUUGGUAGUUUCGAUAAUGAUUUUCAAAAUAAGCAUGAACAAGUGCAAACCAAGUUUUUGCAAGACAAUCAAUUCCAAGAAUCAUUAAAUGAAAAUGAAAAAAGUAUCCGUACUGUUAAUAAUUUAGAAUCAGUUCCUAAAAACAAAGAUAUGCUAAUAGAACAGAUUGAACCAACCGAAAAACCUGGUUUUUGGAAAUCUGUAUGGAGUAAAACUAAAAAUGCCAAAGAAUCUAUUGUUUCAUGGUUUAAAAGUUAAGAAAUUUUACCGAUGAAACAAUAGAUCAAUAAUGUAAGAAAUAUAGAAUAGUUAAAAUUCCAAUUAAUAGAACAUCAACAGAAAAAGAAACAUCUUAAUAUUAUGUAAUG